CUGUCGGCCAUCUUAUUAUUCUGAAAAAAAGUCAGUCAAAUUUUAAUUAAUAUUUCUAAGUUCUGAACGUAAAACAAAUUGAAUAAAUAUGGGUUCCCGCAACGAGUGCCGCAUUUACGUUGGAAAUCUGCCCCCAGAUAUCCGCACCAAGGACAUCCAGGAUCUUUUUCACAAAUUCGGCAAAGUGACAUUUGUGGACCUGAAAAAUCGGCGUGGUCCGCCAUUUGCUUUUGUCGAAUUCGAAGAUGCGCGCGAUGCUGACGAUGCGGUUAAGGCACGCGACGGCUAUGACUACGAUGGCUAUCGCCUGCGCGUCGAGUUUCCACGGGGCGGCGGCCCUGGAAGCUACCGUGGCAAUCGCAACGACCGCAACAAUGGGCGUGAUGGUGGUCGCAUGGGCGGCCGUGGUCCUCCGGCCAAGCGGUCUCAAUACCGUGUAAUGGUAACCGGCCUGCCCCCUUCUGGCUCCUGGCAGGAUCUGAAGGAUCACAUGCGCGAGGCUGGCGACGUCUGCUUUGCCGACACCUACAAAGACGGCUCGGGCGUGGUGGAGUUCCUGCGUCACGAGGACAUGAAGUAUGCCAUAAAGAAAUUGGACGACUCGCGUUUCCGUUCACAUGAGGGUGAGGUUGCCUACAUUCGGGUGCGCGAGGAUAGCGGUGAGAACGACCGCAGUGGUGGCAGUGGAGGAGGCGUAGGCGCCCGCGAUAGCGUCCGUGACAGCGUGCGUGACAGGUCUCGUUCACGUUCGUUCUCAUCGAGACCGCGUCGCCGCGGCACCCCGACAUACUCGCCGGUGCGCCGUCAAUCCUAUUCCAGGUCUCGAUCACGCUCUAACUACUAAACACUACCAAUCAUCAUCCAUUAAGCUAUAAUAAUUCUUACGAGACGGAAAAGCAAGAUAAACUAAGUACUACCUUUCAAUCUUAACCCAAGCAAUCGAUUCACAUUGUAAAUUGACUAUCAAGCCACCGUGUUCCAUCAUUCAAUCAAUCGACCCAGUCAAAACCCACAGCACACAUCAGUCAAACGAGAUUCGGAACAUCAGAAAGACAACACCACAAAAAACUUGCUUUUCCCACAGUGCCACACGAUUUCAGGCAGAGAAACUCUUUAAACACUACACUUAACACCGAACCAAACCGGAUGAUUUGUCCAAAACUUUUCGCGAAACUAAAAUUGAAACUCAAGGAAUCAUUUUUGGCAAGCCUCCCUUGUUCAUCAUUCCUUGUUUUACCGAUUUUAAUUGUCUUUAACUGGCGGCUUCUCUUAGCCAAUAUUUUAUUAUUUUGGCUGCAAAAACCAAGCAUAAUUUAUUACAACAAAAGCAACAAAAACAAAACAAGAUUAAAACAAAAACAUCGAUUCCGAAUAAAUAUGCCUGUAAUGAGAUAACAAAAAUGAAACCAAACCCAGAAAAUCGAAAAACCAGAACACAAACGAAAUGUCGCGAGCAUUUGAUCAACAAAUUAUUAAUAUUUAAUUUUUAUUUUCUUCUCUUCCCCAUUUUGCGCGUUUAUGUUUGGAGUAUAAUGUGGAGGAGGAGGAGGAGGAGGAGGAUGAGGAUUAAUGGAGGAUGAGGAUGAGGAAGGAAGGAUAUUUUGAUGUUGAUUUUGGAUUUUGGAGUGGAUUGUGGAUAAAUUUGGAUUGAAAUUAGUGAAGGCAGGACAAUGGGACAUUGAUCUCUCUCUCUGUCUCUAAAUGAGUGUAUCAGGAUUCGAUUUGGAUUAUCAGGAUUUGGAUAUUAGGAUUGUUCUAAGACCUUCGCUAGGACAUCGUGGGAUGCAGGUUCCCACGGCUAACUCGCUCCGUAACCUGAUAACCUGAUAACCAUUGCAGCAGACGAAGAGACACUUUGCAAUUGUUUCAUAUCGUACAUUGCUCUGGCAAUUCGGGACGCGUCAUGCGGAGUGCGGAUUCCCCUUACAUUGUGUCUGUCUUUUCGAUAAUUAAUGGACAACUAAUAGUCUUGAGUUGAGGGCAAUGGAUGUGUGGAGGAUGAUGCACUUGGACAGGACUCGUGUGAAGGAAUUUCGGAUUCAGCACUCGUCUCACAAUUGGGAUUAGGAUUUGGUUCGAGUUUCGCCUGGAACUGGACAAGUCCCAGCCCCCCGAGUUGUUGUCGCCCUUUGUCGGAUUCAGGGAUUCCAUUACUCACAGAGACACAUACGAACUCGAACUCGUACACACGCACAGACACACUCAUUUCGUGGCCUUUGCGCCCUGCCCUCCGUGUCGAAUCAGGAGUUGCUGUGCCACACUUGAACGUUGCUGGAUAGUGGCUGGCCGGCCGUGUGGUCCUUGGUCUGGUUUGAUCUCUGCCUGGUCUCUGGUCUCUCUCUCGUCUUUCAGUGGUAUGUUCGAUUGCAAGAUCUAUAUUUUACAAUUUUUAUUUUGAGUUUAUUUAUUUUUUAAUUGUACAUCAAAUACUUUUACCAAUAUCCUCCGUGCUCAUUGGUGCCGUUGCCUCCCCACACAUGGUUCAUAACUUUGGCCGCAAGCCAAAGGGUUUUAGUUUUCCAUGUUUUGACUAGAAAAGCGAAAACCAAACCCGAAAAUACCCCAAAAUAUAGUCUCUGUAAACGUACAUAAUUUGCAUGCACCUUUUUAGCCUUUCCAGCCAAA